AUAAAAGCGAAGCAUUUGAAUUUAGGGAUCUGGGCGACGGCGAGCUCGGUGGAGGGCGCGACGAGUAAGCGGCAAAGGCAUCGGCUCUCGGCGGCGCUUGCACUGGAUAUGAUGGAUACUGGCAGCAGGCGGCAAUUGCGGAGAUUGAGAGGGAGGGCACAUCGCGCGGAUUGGAGUAUCAAAGCAAACAAAUGGCGGGCACAGUGUUCACUCCCUUACUGGAAGGAAUGAAGAAUGUCAAGUCAGAGAACGGCAUUAUGCUAACAAAGCCUUUCCUUGACGUGUGCAAAUCCGUCCUGCCCAUUCUAGACAAUUUUGGAGCUGCUCUGGCUAUUGUUAAGUCUGAUAUUGGGGGCAAUAUAACAAGGCUUGAAAACAAAUAUAACUCUGAUCCACCAAAGUUUGAACAUCUAUACAGUAUGGUGCAAAUGGAAGUAGAUUCUAAAACAGCUAAAGGUUCUUCAAGCUGUACCAAUGGUCUUCUGUGGCUAACAAGAGCGAUGGAUUUCCAAGUGGAUCUAUUUCGGAACUUGCUCGAUCGUCCAGAAUGGACAAUGACACAAGUUUGCAACGAUUCCUACUCCAAGACCUUAAAGAAAUGGCAUGGCUGGCUCGCCAGUUCUAGCUUUUUGGUUGCUAUCAAACUUAUCCCCGAUAGAAAGAAGUUCAUGGAGCUCAUCGGUGGAUCAGGCAACCUCAAUGCUGACAUAGAGCAAUUCUGUAAAACAUUUGCUCCUCUUCUUGCAGAGAAUCACAAGUUCCUUGUAAGAACCCUAAACUUGGUUUUCAUCCUCUCGUUAAAUUGACAUGCUGCUGUUCUCUUCCUGUAUAGGCCAGCGUUGGCCUGGACGAUAUGAAGGCUUCCUGAUUGCAACACUUUUUGUUGCUCAUUUUGUUUCAGUUCAUCAACAAUAAAAUUGAAAGAGAGUUUCAAACUAUAAGAAUCACACGUGAUUUUCAGUUGCUAUUUUUUUUAUCACUUUUGCACUGUAAAUGUUGGUUCUAUCUUCUGAAGUAUACCUGUUUAACAU